CGCGCAUUAACAGUCGAGAAUCCAAAACAAAAUGUCAACGUAACGGACGAAUUUCGUCGGCGUCGUGCGGCAAAAAAAAGAAAGAAAUUAAAUUUCGAUUUAUUUUUGUGCGCGCUCGAAAGGUUUUCGUAUAUUCUCGGCGUGAGUGCCAAAAAAUAUAUAAAAAUAAAACAACAAAAGAAUUAAUGAGCCCGGCGCCCGGUUCUAGAUAUUUAUAGUAUUUUUUGAAAAGCAGCAGCAACAACAACAAAAGUGUCAAAAAAAAUCAUAAAGGAAUUAGUGCAAAAAGAGUGAAACUAAAUUGUAUAAACAAUUGUAAAGCAAACGUGCUUAUUUAAGUGAAUUUCGCUCUAGAAAGUGAACUGAUAAGACGUCUCUUAUCAAUCAACACAAUAAUAAUAAAAAAUAUCAAAAUUCGUGCAGAUUAUACAAAAAGUCGAGAAGCUAAAAAAGAAAGGCUAAGCGAAAAGGGAGCAAAGUGAUAAUUUAAACAAAUAGCUGUCACACAUAGUUGCGCCAUGAAGAAGCCAAAAUAAUUAACCAGGAAUCAAAGUCAAAGGCCAACAGUAGCUCAAGUGAGAAAACUAAAGACACAGGGAGACAGAGUGAGAGAGGAACGAACCCGUUUUCGGGUAGCACCAUCAAAAGGCCAUAAAAGACUGAGCGAACGGAAGUGGGCAAUUGACUGGCAGUCAUGACGACGUCGGUGCACCAGAAGCGUCCCAUCAUCAACUGGUUCAGCUCGCUGCGCCGCCAGCCCAAGAGCAAGAAGAGCGGCUCGCUAAGCGGCCGCAGCGUCGGCAGCUUUGGCAGUAAACAGCAAUUGCAGCGCAGCUGCUUUGAUCUAAGCACCAACGUCGUUGGUGCCAACACGCCAACAGGUGAUGGCGCCGACUUGCCUGGCAGUCGCAGCAGCAGCAGCAGCACCUUUUACAUAACAGCGCCCUCGACUAAGGCUGAGGAGGAUCGACGCCGAUUGUUGGGCAAUGCCAGCAGCAGCAGCAGCAGCGGCAACAGCAGCAGCACCACCAUCAGCAGCGGUGUCUGUGCGCGCUGCUUUUGCAACCUGGGCAGCCUAGUGGGCAAGAAGGAGUUACCUAAGCUUCACGUGGAAGACAAACCCCCGUCGUCCCCGCCAACCGUCUCCACGCCACGCUCACCCCGCUCGCCCUCGCUGUCGCCAUUCACCAGCGUGGCCACCUAUAAGGUGACCUCGCUGCGUGCCGAAAGUCCACCGCCAGCGAGUCCCACGCUGAGCACGGAGACGGUCAGCUGCAGCGAUGUCAGCCGCAAGGUGGAGCUGCUGCGUCUGCCCAGCGAGGACCCGAACACGCAGCUCUUCAACAGGCGCUCCGAACUGACCCACACAACCACCACAACAACAACACGCACUCUCAUCAUAUCGCGGCCCGUCGAGCUGUUGCUCAAUGAGCGUGGCGAGAUCAUCUCCAGGCGUCCGCCACAGGCACCACGCAAAUCACGCUCCAACUCGCUCGGCUGCAUGCUGGACGUUGCCGAGGACGGUAUCGAUAACGAGGCACUGCAGCUGGAUUCAGAGACGGAGACUGUCAACUCGGGGCUGAGCUCGCCGCUGACACCAGAGGCGAGCGACUUGCGCUUCAUUGAUGACAGUUCCAAUUCGCAGAGCGAAUCCGAGCGCAACUCAGUCAGCCAUAACAACAACAGCAUUGCCGACAACAACAACAGCAGCAAGCAGCUGAACAACAAUAACAACAGCAGCAGCAACAACAACAACAACAACAACAAUAACAACCAACAGACGAAUCUCUGCGAGAGUUGUCGAACGCUCAUGGAGCGCAAUCGCAACAAUGCCGAGCAGAGCAACGUUGCCAUCCUCAGGCGACCGCAGCAAAUCAAAGAUGAGCUGUGCGAAGUCGUAUCGGAAAUGGAAGCGCUCGAUGUGCCCGAGGAUAAGCAUUCCAAUAAAGAUAAACAAAUGUCAAUUGGACGCAAAAAGUUCAAUAUGGAUCCCAAGAAAGGCAUUGAAUAUCUCGUCGAGAAUCGACUGCUGCGCCACGAUCCGCAGGAUGUGGCGCACUUCCUCUACAAGGGCGAGGGCCUGAACAAGACGGCAAUAGGCGAUUACCUCGGCGAGAAAAACGAUUUCAACGAGGAUGUGCUGAAGGCAUUUGUGGCGCUGCACGAUUUCACCAAUCUGAUACUGGUGCAAGCUCUAAGGCAAUUUCUGUGGUCAUUUCGCUUGCCCGGCGAGGCCCAAAAGAUCGAUCGAAUGAUGGAGACAUUCGCGCAACGCUACUGUCAACUCAAUCCGGAUAUAUUCACCAACACGGAUACCUGCUACGUGCUCAGCUUCGCCAUUAUAAUGCUCAACACAUCACUGCACAAUCCAUCGGUCAAAGACAAACCCACCGUGGAGCAAUUCAUCUCGAUGAAUCGUGGCAUCAACAACGGCGGUGAUUUGCCGCGUGGCCUGCUUGAGUCACUGUACGAGUCGAUACGCACAGAGCCCUUCAAGAUACCCCAAGACGAUGGCAACGAUCUGAUGCACACUUUCUUCAAUCCCGACAAGGAGGGCUGGCUCUGGAAGCAGGGCGGCAGAUACAAAUCGUGGAAGCGACGAUGGUUCAUACUGAAUGACAAUUGCCUGUAUUACUUCGAGUAUACCACAGAUAAGGAGCCGCGCGGCAUAAUACCGCUAGAGAAUAUAUCGGUGCGCGAGAUACAGGAUCGCAGCAAGCCGCAUUGCUUUGAGCUGUUUGCCACCGGCGGCGCCGACAUCAUAAAGGCAUGCAAGACUGAUUCCGAGGGCAAGGUGGUAGAAGGCAAGCACACGGUCUACCGCAUGUCGGCCGCAACGGAGGAGGAUCAACAGGAAUGGAUCAAGCGCCUGACACAGUCCAUCAGCCACAAUCCGUUCUACGAUAUUCUGGUACAAAGGAAGAAGAAGGCGCUCAGCAAGAGUUAGUAUUAGAUCGGCGCUAGAUGGGCACGUCCCCGAUGGGCAUUGCUCUUGUAUUGGAUCUCAGUGGAAUAUUGCUGCGUGCGCUUGCGUCUGCGUCUAUAUGUGUGUGGGUGGCUGUCUUUGUAUGUGUGUGUGUGUCUGUGUGCUUGUGAAUGCAUCUGUGCUCGUUCGUGUGUAGAGUACCACUGUGUAUGUAAGAGUGUAUAUGUAUAUGUAUAUAUAUAUAUUCAAAAUAAUAUUUAAUU